AUGUAUUAUUUGGCAACUCCUACUACUAUUGAGAAAUACACAUAAAAGAAUAUCUUCUAAGAUCCCAUAAUCGAAAUUAUGAAGAAUAAAAGUCCAAUGUCUGACAGGGAUUUGGUUGGUCCCAAGUUUUCAUUAAAGAAACUAUCAGAGAUGAAGACUUAAUCCUGCGAAUAGAGUUAGAUCCAGAAUAUUGAACCAUCAAGAUUUGAGAAGUUCUAUCAAUCGAUAAAACCUUCAUUGGGAUUAAUGAAGUUAGAAAAUAAGAUAAAAUAAUAAAGAGUCUCAGUUGAACCAAAAAAGAAGAAACCCAAUUUGAUCUAGCCUGAAUUAAUUAAUAAGUAGGAUCUAUUAUAUCAAUUGAAGAUGAUGAAGUUAAAAAACAGAAUUCGUUAAGAAUAAAAAUCUGAUUUAAUUGACAAUAUGAAAAAAGAAGUUAAAAUGGUUGUGACUAAAGAAGAAAGAAUACUCAAUCAAUUUCAAUAGUUAUAAUAAAAUAGGAUAGAGACAUCUCUAGUAUUGGGUAAUCGAACAGGAAGAACUCUAGACAAAACCUUAUAUUAGAGAUCCAAUGACUUUCGUCAAAAGUACGAGUUGAACUUGGCUUUGAAUGACCAUCUACUAGCAGAUAAGAGAGUAUGGUACCGUUAAAUCAGAAAAAAGCAUAACAGCUAUUAUGAAAAUAGAGACCCUUACUCUGUUGAUGAAAAACCAAAUUAUAUGGAUUCAACCCAAGUAGUUGCAGAUAUUUAUACAAAUUACUCUACUCAUUAUACUCCAUAAUAGCAAUUUACCGAAAUUAUACAAGUCAAUCAAAAAGUUAAUCAACCUUUAUACAGUAAGAAGACCUAGGACGAAUUAAAAAAGAAAUUGAAGGAAAUCAACCCAGAUUCUCCUUUGCUUUCAUUUGAUCACAAAUUGGAUAUCUCACUACAAGGAAUGAGCAAGUUCGACAAAGAAUAUGAAUGUGUGCUUUAAGAUGAUGACAAUCAAUUGUAUUAAAUAGCAGAGCAACUAGAUCAUAAAAAAUAAUAAAGUGAACACGAGGAUAUCAUUAUUGCUAAUUGGAAUCUGAAAAAGAAGGGACAGACCUUUUAUCCUAAAAUAACUAAAUACAUAAUUUGA